AUGGACGAUUUCAACAGCGAGACGGAUAGCGACUAUACAAGCUACUGGCGCGAUUGGUUUAUAUCCUCACGCGGCAACGAGUACUUUUGCGAAAUCGACGAGGAAUAUCUCACCGAUCGUUUCAAUCUGACGGGCCUGAACACCGAAGUCCAAUAUUACCAAUAUGCGCUCGAUCUCGUUACGGACGUUUUCGACCUUGACUGCGACGAUGACAUGCGGGAAGCGAUCGAGAAGUCGGCAAGACAUCUGUACGGCCUAGUGCACGCCCGUUAUAUUGUCACCACGAGGGGUUUGGCCAAGAUGCUCGAAAAGUUUAAGAAGGCGGACUUUGGCAAAUGCCCGCGUGUGAUGUGCGAUGCGCAGCCGCUGUUGCCCAUGGGCCAAUCUGACAUCCCCAACACAUCCCCUGUCAAGCUGUACUGCGCGCGAUGCGAAGACCUCUACAACCCUAAGUCGUCGCGGCACGCAUCUAUCGACGGCGCCUACUUCGGCACCUCCUUCCACAACAUCCUGUUCCAGGUGUACCCUGCGAUGCUGCCCACGAAGGUGCAGCGCCGCUACGAACCGCGCGUGUUUGGCUUCCGCGUGCACUCUGCUGCGGCUUUGAUGCGCUGGCAAAAUGAACGCAGGGAAGAGAUGAAGGACCGGCUCCGCAGGGCAAGGAUUGAAGUGGGCUUUGAAGACGAAGACGACGACGGCGAGCUGGAAGACAUAGACGACGACAUCGAGGGCGUGGACUACGAAGGCACGCUCGCAGCGAACCAGCCGCUGUGA